AUGGAGUCGCUCGAGGCCAGUGCUAGGAGCUUUGCUUUGUUAGACCACUCAGAAAGUGCUUUGUUAGAGCGCGCAGAGAGCUUGGACAGGUUCCGAUACUUCGCUGGGGACUUGGUUUACCACAUCUCACAUCUGUCGGUGCUCCAGGACAGUGCGGUGAAUCUGACAGGUGCUUUGAAGGACCAUGCUCAGGCUGGGCAGCCUUUGGCUGUACUGGAGCACACCAAGGCCGACGCUGUGAGCUGCUUGUGGCUGCUCUCGGAAGGUAAUGUGCACGCCAUCUCUGGAAGCAUUCGAACUGUCCUGAGCAAGAAGUCGGCGUCGCUACCAAGGCAUGUGGCUUUCUUUGUACAUCCUUCAGCCGCGUAUGUCGUCACCGAGCUUUCCAUCUGGGCAGCCGACGGUGUUUGCGUACCACUGUCAGUUCACUCACCUGUACCAGAGCUAGAAUACUUCGUGAAGGACAGCGAGAGCUGCCUUUGCUUGUCAGAUGCUUCGGGCGCGCCGAAGAUGAAGGAAGUUGCUGGAAAGUUGUCAAGGCCAUUUGCCGAAAUAACGAAGGCGCCUGAGUCUUCCAAAGUCUAUCGACUGUUGGUCGAUGGAGGCAUAGCCGCGUCCUGUGGCUCCUUCUGCGCUCCGCCUCAGAUCAAGUCUUUUUUUGCGUGCGUCGGCUUGCACGUGAAAGCUUUGAAGGGGCUUGGAUUCAGAGCGGUUCGCAACGAGCGGCCCUUCCGCUUCCACGUGCAGCCCAGCUGCUUCGCUUGCUUCUGCGGCCUGUUCUCGUCACGAAGUGAUGCCAGAUUCCCAGUCCUGUCGCAGAAUGCCCUGAUUCUGUACACUUCAGGAACGACUGGACAGCCAAAAGGCGUGGUUCAUACAUUCAAUAGCCUCACAGCGCAAAUGCGAUCUCUUAGUGAAGCAUGGAAGUGGUCAUCCAAAGACCGAACGCUGCACGUGCUGCCUCUUCACCACAUUCAUGGUGUUCAGAACAUCCUGAACACGGCACUCUUCAACGGAGCUGGCGUUGAGUUGACAGCCUUCGAUGCUGCCUUCUGCCUGAAGCGCCUGACCUCGGGAGACAUUACCUGCUUCCAUGCGGUGCCAACCGUUUACGCUAGACCUGGCCUGAUUCUGAAGCAAGCCGAUGAGUGUAUAUGGUCUCCGGCUCAGCAGCUUUGCCCGCAGGGUGCUCAGAAUGUGCUCAAUGGAUCAAGGUACGGCAUGACGGAGAUUGGCAUGGCCCUGAGCAAUCGGAUAAAUGGCACCCGGUAUCCAGGGUGUGUGGGAUGGCCAUUGCCAGGGGUGGAGGUCAAGCAGGAUCAGGAAGGUGGCAUCCUCGUGAAAGGUGCGGCAGUUUUCAAGGAGUACUACAAGAGAGAGGAGGCAACCGCUAAGGAGUUCACUGAGGAUGGAUUCUUCAGGACCGGGGACAAUGCACAGAAGGGAGGAAGUGGGGAGGAACUUCAGGCCCUGCAGGAUGAUGCGCGGGCGGUCGAAUCAUCGACUGGCAGGCCGCGCCCGGACACCGCUGCGGCUCCGGACCCUGCCUUGGCGGCGAUUUACAGGAUUUUAGGCCGCACAUCGGUGGACAUCAUCAAGAGCGGUGGCUACAAGAUCUCCGGGCUGGAAAUUGAGAGCGUACUGCUCCAGCAUGAGAAGAUUCGAGAAUGCGCUGUCGUAGGAAAGCCCGACGAGACGUGGGGGGAGAAGGUGACGGCGGUCUGCGUGCUGCAGAGCGGUGUGGCCUUGACCAUCAAGGAGUUGAGGGACUGGGGCAAGGAGAGGAUGGCAUCCUACAAGGCCAAAGAGAGAUCCGAAUAUGGAGUAGUAUGGAAAAUAUGGUUUGGGAAUGUUCCCCCUUAA